AUGGAAUUUAAGGGCGGAUGGGAACAGUAUGCCGAAGACUACUGCUUCAUACAGAAUACAUUCUUCAAUAGGUCUGAAAUCGCAAAACUUCAGGCUGAAAUUGGAUAUUACCAAUGGGUUCCCAUUGUUUUGGCACUACAGGCUAUUAUGUUUUAUCUACCUAACUGGAUUUGGAAGACACUUCAUCAGCAAAGUGGUGAGUGA